UUCGCGCUAUACCUUCUCGCGGCACCUACGCGACGGCGACGACGGCGAGCCCGCGCGCUCCGCGGAUCACGACGGUCAGGACCGCCCACACCUGAAUGGCGCUGUACGCGGCGCCGGCGGCAGCGUCCUUCCCGUGGUCCUCCCGCUCAUCAGCUGACUGACGGGCUGACGGCUCCGCGCGCUUCGCGAGGCGUCGGGCGCUCGCGGCCCAGUCCCGCACCGGCAGCAACACCGGCGGCAGGGGGAGCAGCGCGGCGCUCUCAUCCGCGUCGGGUCAUCGUCACCGCGCUCGCCGACAAGAUGACCGUGGUGUGGGCCCAGCGGCUGCUCAGCUGCGGAGGGGUGGUGAAGCAGCGCUUCGUCAUGUCCUUCAUGCUGCUCAUGGCCGUCCUCAACAUCUACACGAUGCGCACCUGCUUGUCGGUGGCCAUCGUGCAGAUGGCCGACUCGCACGUCCACAACUCGACGUACGUGGACCCGUACAAGUGCCCGGCGCCCGGUGGCGGCGCCAACGGCAGCAGCUCCUCGGGGGGCUCGCGGCCGCCCGACUUCCACUGGGACGAGACGACCCAGGGCGUGGUGCUGAGCUCGUUCUACUACGGCUACAUCUUGUCGCACAUCCCCGGCGGCGUGCUCGCGGACCGCUUCGGCGGCAAGCACACGCUGGGCCUCGGCAUCCUGUCCACGGCGCUCACCACGCUGCUCACGCCGCCCGCCGCCUGGCUCGGACCCGGCUGGCUCAUCGCGCUCCGGGUCAUCAUGGGCGUCGGCGAGGGCGUGACGUUUCCAGCGGUCAGCGUGCUCCUGGCGCACUGGGUGCCCCCCGCCGAGCGCAGCCGCCUCGGCUCCUUCGUGUUCGCCGGCGCGCAGCUGGGCACGGUGCUGGGCACGGCCAUCAGCGGGCUGCUGCUGGCGCACUUCGACUGGCCCGUCACCUUCUACUUCUUCGGCGCGCUGGGCGUGGCCUGGUACGCCGUGUGGCUGGCCGUGUGCUACUCCACGCCCGAGGAGCACCCCUUCAUCUCGGAGCGGGAGCGCGACUAUCUGCACCGGCAGAUUAAGGCGAACAAUCACGGCAAGACCAUCGCGCCGACGCCCUGGGCGGGCAUCCUCACGUCGCUGCCCGUGUGGGGGCUGGCCGUCGCGCAGGUCGGCCACGACUGGGGCUUCUUCACCAUGGUCACGGACCUGCCCAAGUACAUGAAGAGCGUGCUGCAGGUCAGCAUCGGCAAGAACGGCCUCCUGUCCGCGCUGCCCUACCUCGUCAUGUGGGUGUGCUCCAUGCUGUUCGCCGCCGUGGCCGACUGGAUCAUCGCCCACCGCUACUGGAGCGUGCUCACGGUGCGCAAGUUCUUCACCACGCUGGCGUCCAUCAUCCCCGCCCUGGGCAUCAUCGGCGCGUCGUACGCCGGCUGCGACGAGACGCUGACUGUGGCGCUGUUCACGCUCGGCAUGGGCGGCAUGGGCGCCUUCUACCCGGGCAUGCGCGUCAACGGGCUGGACCUGUCCAAGCACUACGCGGGCACCGUCAUGGCGCUCGUCAACGGGCUGGGCGCCGUGUCCGGCAUGGUGUCGCCCAUCCUCAUCGGGCUGCUCACCCCGCACUCGUCCCUGCUGGAGUGGCGGCUCACGUUCUGGAUCACGUUCGGCGUCCUCAUGGUGAGCAACCUCAUCUACGUCCUGACGGCGCAGGCCAGUUUCCAGAAGUGGGACCGCCAGCCCGACGAGAAGGAGGACUCCGCCAAGAAGCCGUCGGCGCCCCCGAUCCCGAUGACCUAGGUGGCCGCCGAGGCCCGGGCGGCCAGGUGGUCUUGGACAGCGGCACCCUUGGUCUAGUCCAGGCCGCGACCCGGGUCGAUGACGCAACAAGAGGUCUGCGGGCAGACCGCGAAACGGCGACCCACCGACGUGUGCAGAACUCGGGAUGGGCAGCAGCGCCGGAGUCGUCGCAACCUCCACCGGACUGGACAUUUCUUAUGAUAGACUGCGCCGACUUGACCACUUUUUCUGUUACCAAACUAGGACUUUUUGUGCCGACGAGCACACAGUGGCAUCGCUCGCCGAUGGCGCGCGGUUAUGGCCGAUAACUAGUCGUGAAUUAAGUCAGAGUCAGACCUCGCCGUGCGGCGCCGCGCACCGACGGAUCGAGUCGAGCAGUUUGACUUGUCGCCGUGUUGCCCUCAGAAGGAUGAGCGGUGGGACGCGGCGCCGCGGUGAGCGGGCCGCCAGGUGGGGCCAGCUGUGCGAUGGGCGGCCUACCCACCUGGCGCGACCAGACACCUGCUGCUCGCACAGAGCAUCUCGGGCCAACACGAACACGACAACCGUUUCAGAGGGGAGAAUAUCUUCGUUCUUCGUUGUUGUUAUUUUUAAUUUAACAAUUUUUAAGAUUAAU